GUCCUGCCAAUUAGAGGGAUGGGAAAUUAAAUUAGAGACAAAAGUACCUAAUGUGUUCCGCUUCGAUAGAUCCGAAGGGCUAGUUAAAUGGACACUGGACAAGCUGAAUCAAUAGCCUAUUUAAGUGGGAAUACAUGAAUGCUGCAAAGUGAUUGUGCCCCUGGUCCGCUGAGUUUAUUCAUAACGGGAUUCUCUGAGGACUUUCCAGCUGGCCUAUUCCUGUUAGAAUAUUCUAUUUUAGGCUGAAAUUCAGCAGGGCUUGCUGAGAAAACAUGACUGCGAUAGUCAGUUCUAGCUACUUGCCACAAAGUGGCUGAGUUUUCCUAAUAAGAUUCCUAAGGAUGAUGGGAUCCCUCCCAAGGGCGAAGAGACUAUAACUCAACCCUCAGGAGGUCUGCCUGGUGGUGAGUAAUUAAUGGACACCUGAUGUCUCUUUGGUGAGCUCUGCAAGGACAAGAGCUGAUGUCAUCACAAAACCCCGUGGUAUGAUAUUGCCUCAGGAGAAAAUAUGACUUGGAACAACACCACUAUGGAUGGGGCAGGGUUGCUUGUGAAAAGGGAUUCCUGCUUCCGAAUCCUCACCGGCUGCUUUCUCUCCUUGCUCAUCCUCUCCACGCUCCUAGGGAACACCUUGGUUUGUGCAGCUGUGAUUAGGUUUCGCCAUCUGAGGUCCAAAGUGACCAACUUCUUUGUGAUCUCCUUGGCAGUCUCUGACCUUUUAGUAGCAGUUCUGGUCAUGCCCUGGAAAGCUGUGGCAGAGAUAGCUGGUUUCUGGCCUUUUGGAUCAUUCUGUAACAUCUGGGUAGCGUUUGAUAUCAUGUGCUCUACGGCCUCCAUCUUGAACCUGUGCGUCAUUAGUGUGGACAGAUACUGGGCCAUCUCCAGUCCAUUUAGGUACGAGAGGAAAAUGACCCCCAAGGCAGCGUUCAUCAUGAUCAGCGUGGCCUGGACCUUGUCUGUGUUGAUCUCCUUCAUUCCGGUGCAACUGAACUGGCACAAGGCUAAGACCGCAGGCUUUUUAGGCUUCAAUGCUAGCUUCCAAGGUGUAGCCAUGGACAACUGUGACUCCAGCUUAAACAGGAUGUAUGCUAUCUCUUCCUCUCUCAUUAGCUUUUACAUCCCAGUGGCCAUCAUGAUAGUCACCUACACAAGGAUAUACAGGAUUGCUCAGAAACAAAUAAGACGCAUUUCAGCCUUGGAAAGAGCUGCAGUGCAUGCGAAGAACUGCCAAACUACCACUGGCAAUGGAAACAGCAUGGAUAGCCAGCAGCCAGAAAGCUCCUUCAAAAUGUCCUUCAAGAGAGAAACUAAAGUCUUAAAGACGUUGUCCGUGAUAAUGGGGGUGUUUGUAUGCUGCUGGUUACCCUUUUUCAUACUGAACUGCAUGGUCCCUUUCUGUGAGUCUGGUUUACCAUCCAGGGGAGCAGAGCCUUUUUGUAUUAGUUCAACCACUUUUGACGUUUUCGUUUGGUUUGGAUGGGCCAAUUCUUCACUGAACCCCAUCAUUUAUGCCUUUAAUGCAGAUUUCCGCAAGGCAUUUUCGACCCUCUUGGGAUGCUACAGACUCUGUCCUGCUUCCAGUAAUGCUAUAGAGACAGUUAGUAUCAACAACAAUGGGGGCGUAGCCUUUUCCAGUCAGCUUGAGCCCAGAGGAUCCAGCCCCAAAGAUUGUAAUUUGGUUUAUCUGAUCCCUCAUGCUGUUAUAUGCCCAGAAGAUGAUGACAUUAUGAGAAAAGAAGAGGAGGGGGAACUGUGUAAAGCUCUGGAGAAAAUGUCUCCAGCCCUAUCAGGUAUCUUGGAUUUUGAGGCUGAUGUUUCUUUGGAAAAGAUCAAUCCCAUCACACAAAAUGGUCAACAUAAAACCUGAGGGGGUAAAGCUAGCCGGUAAAAUUGUAAUAGCAUACGAAAGAUACUCAAGGUGUUUUACUUAAGAAAGUAUGUUAUUGUAAGAGAUAAAGCCAUCACAUAAAAGCCCAGUGCUCAAAUUAACUGCUGUUUCAUAGAAACAUAAAAUUUAAAACAAAGACUUCCAAUUUACAUAACAUUGUAUUUCCAAA